GCCUCCGCUCGUGGAUGUGCUCGCUGAGCUGCUGAUUCGUGAGCGCGCUCCGUCCUUGUAACGUGUAUGGGACGAACCAGAGACGUGGAUGAAGGCUGGUGUGAGGUUUCCCUCCUCUGUCCUUCCUUCUUGUACACAAGCAACGCUCUCAGACGUACAGAGCUUCAAGGCUGCAAGGAGUUCUGCUUAUGGAAAACCCUCCACCUCGACUGCCUGGCGGAUGCUACAGCUUGCUACUUUGUCUUUUGCUGGCUAUGAUUUAAAAGCCAGACGACCCAAAUACAGGACUAGAAAAAGGCUUUUAAUACGUUACAUUUUGAUCAGUUGACUGUAAUCAUGGCGGCUACAGGCUACGGUUACUACCGUGUGGUCAUCUUCCUGUGCAUGUUCACUGGCUACUCACUGUAUUUCUUUAACAGGAAGACAUUCUCUUUUGUUAUGCCGUCUGUGAUGGAGGAGAUAGAACUGGACAAAGAUGACUUGGGUAUGAUCACCAGCAGUCAAACCAUGGCCUACGCCAUCAGUAAGUUCAUCAGUGGCGUGCUGUCGGACCAGAUCAGCGCCCGCUGGCUUUUCUCCAUCGGCCUCUUCUUGGUCGGAGGCAUCAACGUGGCCUUCUCUUGGUCUUCAACUGUGUCCAUGUUCUCCCUGCUCUGGUUCAUCAACGGCCUGGGACAGGGCUGUGGGUGGCCCCCAUGUGGGAAGGUGCUUCGGAAGUGGUAUGAGCCGUCCCAGUUUGGAACAUGGUGGUCUGUACUGUCCUGCAGCAUGAACCUGGCUGGAAGUCUCGGUCCGCUCAUGGUCACGGUGCUCCUGCAGUAUUACGACUGGAGGACGAUUCUGGCCAUGUCUGGCGUGUUAUGUGCUGCUUUCUCAUUGGUUUGUCUGGUAUUCAUAAAGAAUGAGCCGAAGGACGUGGGCCUUCCCAGCAUUGAAGCUGCAGCUAAGAAGGGUGUGAAAGGAGGCAACAGUGAGAGCACCCUGAGCGAAUUUCUCCUCUCUCCCUUCCUGUGGGUCCUCUCUCUGGGCUACCUGGUUGUUUUUGGGGUGAAGACGGCAGCCACCGACUGGGGGCAGCUAUUCCUCAUGCAGGAGAAAGGCCAAACUGUUCUCAUGGGCAGCACCUACAUGAGUGCACUGGAGGUCGGGGGUUUUGUCGGCAGCCUCUCGGCAGGUUUCAUCUCGGAUAGAGCCGUAGCCCGUAAAGGCUUGAGCAUUCAUGGCAACCCUCGUCAUGGCCUGCUCAUUCUCAUGAUGGCUGGCAUGUAUGUGUCCAUGUAUCUCUUCAGAGUGACCAUCACACCUGAAGUACCAAAGGAAGCUCCUUUGUGGGUCCAGGUCAUCCAUCCGGUGUCUGUUCUACUUGGAGUCUCAGAGAAAGAGAUUUGGAUUCUCUUCCUUGGUGCCAUGUUUGGGUUUUCUUCUUAUGGACCAAUCGCCUUGUACGGAGUGAUAGCAAGCGAAAGUGCUCCUUCCAAUUUCUGUGGAACAUCUCACGCCGUCGUCGCACUGAUGGCAAACGUGGGGGCUUUCAUGGCAGGGCUUCCCUUCAGCACUGUUGCCAAGCAGCACAGCUGGGACACGGCCUUCUGGGUAGCCGAAGUCACAAUGGGGAUCACCACCAUUGCGUUCUUCCUUGUGCGCAACAUGCGCACCAAAAUGGGACGAAUCGCAGAGAAAAUGGACUAGUCCAUAUUUUUUGGGGGGUGAACUAUUCAGACGAUGCAGCCCAGUAAUUUAAUAGGAGCUUUAUUAUACAAACUAAUGUCAAACACAAAUUAAUCUGAAGAUCUUUCCAUUAUAAAUUUGUAGAUACUCAGGGGGGCUGUAAUUUAAUUUACUUAUUUAUUUGAGUUUAUUUGAUAGGGACAGACACACAUCGACAUAGACAAACUGAACAAAACAGCAGUCCCAUGUCCCAUAGUGCAAUAGCAACAGCUAAUUCGCAGCACUUGUAACUAGAUGGGCUUUUAAAAAGUACCUCUAAAAGUUAAAGUGAUAAUAUUUUAAAAUAACACAGCAUAAUGUUGAUGACAUCUACACACAAACAGUGAAACAUGAAACAUCAAAAAUGGGUACAGUUCUGUUUUUCACAUAACCAGAGUUUUGUUUGUUUCUUGAACGUACUGAAACUGGUUACAGACUUUAAAUCAACAGGAAGUGAGUUCCAAACUGCAGAUCCUCUCACUGACAGAGCAGUUUGAGCAAAAGUGGUUCUUCGAAAGGGAACCUUACAAUUUCCAUCUGAAGCUGCUCUAGUAGAUCUGCUAUUGCCCUGCAGUCUCUGUAUGCAAUCGCUUAAUGGUCUAGGUGCAUAUGCAUUUAAACACUUAAAAAUCAAUUAGAUUUGUAUCACUUUAUAUUUGUAAUAAAUAGUCACUUACACAGAUUUAAUCUUCACCAACACCAGCAUGAAGUCGAUCGCUUUUACUCACAAGCUUCUGGACAGAUCUCUGGACGUAUGAUGCAUUCUAAAGGAAGCCACUCUGGCAUGAAUGUCUUUACUGAUGUGUUGUUUUCUUUGUCAAGAUGAAUCAUUUGCACUGUUCACUCCAUUAAUUACCUAAAGAAUGUAGCUAUACAUCAUCAAACGUUUCAGUCGAAUGUUUAGAUCCACUGUGGAGAUGGAUGUCACAUAAAUCUGGGGCUUUAACUGAUUUAUUUGGUAAAAUGAAUGAAUAAUGUUCACCUGCAAUGAGAUUUACAAACACCAGGAAGAUGAUCUGAAACCGACCCGUUCUAACUUGACUGAAAUUUGCAGCUUCUUAAACCUAAGGACAACAAACCACUUGUGAAGCACGGUGGUGCUAAUGUCAUUCUGUGUGUCCGAUUUACUGCCAGCAGUACUAAUGCAAUGCAAUAAGUGGAUUAGGGUUGAAACAAUUAAUCAAUUCAAACGCAUUGAAAUAAUUAACUAAGUAAUUAGUCAAAUAACUAAAUGAUUAAAGCAGUAAUUAAACCAAAACUGUACUAUUUAUAUUUAUAUAUACAUGUCCAUAAAAUAUGCUAGCCAAAACUCUUCAGCUUUUAGAUUUAGCUUCUCCACGUUUAGAUUUAAUAAAGGAAUUCUGUUGUCUUUUUAGCCAAUUAGAUUUAUUUUCUUAUUUAAAAAAGGAACUGAAUUAUUUGUUUAUUUAGAUCUUUUAAUGUGUUUCUAGUAUUGUAUAACAAAGGCUUAAGUGGUGAAAUGAAAAAUCUACAGAAGGUGCCUUUUUUUUUUAACUUGAUUACUUAUCAGAGUAAUCAAUUGCUAAGAUAAUUGUUAGUUGUUAGCCCUAAAGUGGAUAAAAAUUAUUUACGGCUAACCUCUAAGUUCGCUCUGUAGCUCGUCCAGGAAUGUAAACUUCUAGUCUUUGGGGAGGUUCGUGUCGUACAACAUUUAUAAAGAGACAUUUAUGUCUCUUCUUCAAAAGUGCUGAGUGAAAAAAGUAGGUCAUUAGUGGGUCUCUUGGGGAUGUUGGCCUAACAAAGUGUCUGAAACUGGCACCAGCCCCUUCGGACGGACAUUUGAACCCCUUGAACCAGCUUUGUGAGAACAGUGAUUCAUCAAAGCUUUUUUUAGAAUAAUUAGGGCUUGCAUAAUUAAAGCAAAGCAAAAUGUUAUGUUCUGGAACGGCUUUCCCAAAGCCCCUACCACAACAUAAAAGAAAAGUGUAUGAAUUAUAUUUAAAGGCUGGGUUUUGUCAUGAAACCAGCUCAAUUUUAAUGAGCUCCACCAAAUCCAGUGUCAAAAACGCAAUCACAACCAGAACUGUCAACGGCUACCAAAAGCAUGUUUAAAGAGAACCUCGCUAAGAAAUAUUUUACCAAACAUCAAUAUUAGGGUAUUUAAUCAUGUCUGUUUAAUUUUCAGAGACAAUCUGUAAUAAAUUUCAAUAUAUCGACAAAACUCAAAAUAACAAAUAAAUAAAUGAAGUUGUAUAAUCAUCUACCUUAGGGAAAAAUUUUAAAUAAGUACUUAAAAGCCCAAACUGAACAGAGCAUUCAUGUCCAUGAAGCACAAGUUUAUUUCUAAACUUGUGAUUGGAACUGUUUAUACUACAUAAUGUGUUUUCAACACUCAUCAUUCACUUCAUCAAUACCAACUUCAACAUUCAAGAGAUGUGUGGAAACCAUUUGAUUUGAUUUAGUGUUUCUUGUUGUAUGAUACUUGAAUAUCCCUAUUUUGUGAAACCAAGCAUGUCUGCUCAGAACAGCUAAAUUGACCCCAAAAAACCUCAUCAUUUCAGUUUUUUUAAUACUGAACAGGUGUUACUCUGCGUGGUGGUCUACUCAUCUCAAAAUGAAAGUUUUACAUGGAUUCCUUCAGUCUUUCUGUGAUGCUACAAUAAACUUGAGAUACAUAUUUUUUUAAA